AUGAGUGGAACUGGGCCAAAGAUUGUUCUGCCCGCUCGAUAUGCAGAUGAAAUCAAGAACAUCCCCUCGUUGUCUUUGAUGAAAGCCUUUGCACCUGAUUUCUUCAUCAAUUAUCCCGGAUUCGAAGGACAUAAGCAAUCGUAUCACGACGACAAGUUGAUCCAGGACACGGUGAGAAUCAAGCUGACGCAGAGUCUGGGAUUGGUCACCGAAGAUCUUGUCGAUGAGACUGUCGACUCAAUCAAUUGUGCGAUUGGACAACACCCAGAAUGGACCAGCCGCAACUUGAAGGACGACAUGACUGAAAUUGUCGCUCGUCUAUCAUCUCGCGUAUUCCUGGGAUUGCCCCUUUGCCGCAAUGAACGGUGGCUCAAAAUCUCCAAGGCCUACACGAUGGACACUUUUAUCGUGGCACACGUAAUGCGUCUCGUUCCUAGCAUUGCUCGUCCAAUCGCGUAUUGGUUCAUACCCCAGAGCGCCACGCUUCGUAAGGCCGUCAGGGAUGCGCACAAGCUCAUUGAUCCCGAGGUGCAGCGCCGUAUCGACAAAGUCCGCCAAGCCCAGGCCGCGGGACAGAAGCCUCCAAAGGUGGCCGACUCCCUCGGCUGGAUGUACCAGGUGGCGACCAAGCCAGACACGGAUUAUGUUGCCGCCCAGCUGGCCUUGACCAUGGCUGCGAUUCAUACCACGACGGAAACCUCGUCUGCGGCGCUUUUGGACCUUUGCGAGUACCCCGAAGUCGCCGAGAAGCUGCGGUCGGAAGUGAUUCAAGUUAUUGGCGAGCACGGGUGGAGCAAGACUGCAUUGUACAAAUUGACUUUGAUGGACAGUUUUCUAAAGGAAUCACAACGGGUUCGUCCAAUGUCUAUCACCUCGAUGAACCGCUACGUGGAGCAGCAGGUGACCUUGUCCGAUGGAACGGUCCUGCCAAAGGGUUCGCGUCUUAUGAUUGCGGCCAAUUUUAUGGAUCCAGAGGUGUAUGACGAGCCAGAGAAGUUUGAUGCAGAACGCUUUGUCAAGAAGCGCCAAGAGUCCGGUCAAGAAAAUUCUUGGCAGUUGGCCACCACAACUCCUGAGUAUACCCUCUUUGGCCACGGCCAACAUGCUUGUCCGGGCCGCUUCUUUGCAAUCAAUGAGCUCAAGGUUUUGCUCUGCCAUCUUUUGCUCAAAUAUGAGUGGCGUUUUAAUCCGGAAAAGGGGAGAAUGUCGCCUCGUUUCAUUGCAAAUACCAAGGCAAUCGCAGGUGAAACCGAGAUCCAAUACGACGGCAGUCAUCAUUCUUCCCCCAACGUGCCAACACUAGAAGCGUGUCUGUACCGGUGUCUUGCGUUUUCUUGUGAUACAGUACCGAAAGCAGCCAGCAUCGACUGUUCAUCCUACCAUAUCAAGGGCAAUGGGAUUUGCGUUCAUACACUAGACCGAUGA